UAAAUAUUGUAUUUGGGGUAACAAUACAAUAUAACCGGAAACAACCAUCCAAACAAUACGCAAGAAUAAAGGUUAGGAGGUAGCCUAUAAAGCUAGAAUAUGUAAAUGACUUUUUCGGAUUUGAGGGUGCAAACUUAUGUCAGAUGACAUUCUUUCCCUCUAAAUUUAACUGGUGCCUAUACUGCAAGGAAGAAAACAAGCAAAAAGUAGGGGCGAAAGGCAGCAAAUGGUCAGUCUCUCUGUUACAGUAAACAAUUUACAACAGUGAACAAACCGUCAAACCCACGCUGUGAUCGGCUCUUUUUUUCUUCAUUUGGUAAAGUGAGAAUUCUCCAAAUUUAGCUUCGCUCUUUGAUUGGUGGGCAGUUUUCCCUUCAUUUCCUUGUUGAGAAAACUAUUCCCAUGUUGGCUUAAAUUAUUUCCUUAUCUCUAUUGGGUUUCUUUUUCCUGACUUCUUUGUGCUAGUAUUUCCAAAAUAAGGGAAAAUUUUCUGGGGGAUUUGGGCCCUUUUUCAUAUAUUUGCUAUCUUGAUUCUAUCGUAAACGAUGUCGUCUGAUGAGUAAUAGUAGUAUUAGCAUGGACAAGUUUCUCAUCUACUUUCGGUGUUGAUUUCAAUGAAACCCUAGAUGGGGGACCAUACUAAGGAUUAACUACCCUUGUGGACAAAAUCUAUAAUUGCACCAGAAACUUCUUUCACAUUUUGAAUCUGCUUUCAUAAUCAAGUGACGAAUGCUACGAUCAUCAUUGAAUAAACAAAAUUAAAUCUGCUUUACAUCAGCAUCAGCCUAAAUUGUUCAUUAUUAUCCUUUCAGGCGCUGAUGGAAACUUAAUCAUUCAAUAUUUAUUUGUUUUUGAGAAACAGUGACUGAAAACGAUGUCGUGGUGUUAAUAAAUUGUAUACAAGAUAGUGUAACCCAUAUCAGAUAUUUGUGGUCUCUGACUGAAUUUUUAUACAAGUCUUUUUCGAGCAGUUAUAUAUCUUUUGUCUCUUAGUCAACCAUAGUUUUAAAUUCUUGUCUGCUACUGAGAAAUCAAGCACCUUGGUAAAAGUUAAAAUCACGUUUUCACUUUUAUCUGGAGUUGAUGAUUAUUGAUUCUUUGUGCUUCCUACUGUGUAUUUUGAUUAUAUAUUGUCUUAAUUUGCUUCUGCUUGCUUUGGGUUAUUGAACUGGAAAGAAGCUCGAUUAGAAAGAAGACGGUUUUUGCAAUUAGUGAGUUACAGCUAUGGAGUACAACAUCAAGUUUGUGGACAAGCUUAGUUGCAUCAUGGGCUGAUGAGCCUCAAUCUGGGUAUUUGCCCUUUUUGGUGAAAUUAUGUACUUGUCCGACUAGGAAUAUGUUGUGGGGUUAUGCAGAUCUGUUACCCGGUUUCUUGUGCAUGCUGAAAUUUUAGUGGAGCCGUGUUGUUGUUUCUUUUUGCAAUAUGGAGUGGAAUGUAAAAUGGGACUGGGGAGACCUGAUGAUGUUUGGUUCGGAGGCCUGUGGAAGUCUGAAAGAACUGCAAUUAACAGAUUGGGGAGUUGAUCAAGAGGGAGAACUUGAUCGCAGAUCGUUCAAUCUGUCAGGGUUUGGCGGUAGUGUUGGUGGUUAUGGCUCUGACAUGGGGCGUAGUUCUUCAAUCAAGAGCUCAAUAUCAGCUUCUACUGACUCUUCACCAAACGAGACGCUGAAAGCAUCCAGCUUCACUUUUGAAGCUUCUAAUGGCUCUCAAGGGAAUCUUGGUAAGGAUGUGGAACAGUGCAGAGAUGAGCCAUAUGGAUGUUCGCCACCCAUGGAGGCUUUGAUAGGCUAUGAUGGACCAUUGACUGGUCUGAAACUUGGUAAGCGAACAGUUGAAAGCAACAGUGGUGGAAUCAAUGUUAAGCUCCCGUCCUCCUCCACAAUCCCUGUAUCAUCUGUUAGUGCAGCAAAGAAAAAAAAAUCAUCUAGUCAGAAUGCACUAAUUCCGUGUUGUCUGGUUGAGGGCUGCAAUCUUGAUCUGUCUUCAGCUAAAGAAUAUCACCGAAAGCAUCGUGUUUGUCACAGUCAUUCCAAAUGCCCAAAAGUCAUCAUAGGAGGUGCCGAGCGGCGCUUUUGUCAGCAGUGUAGCAGUCUUCUAUAGGUAUCAUACCAUCGUGUUUCCUUGCACAUGCUCUGCCAGUGGAGGUUUAUCCAACUUUUAGUUCGCCUCAUCUUACAUUUUCCAAGUUCUGUUGUCUUAUUAUCCCUUUCUUGUUGUGGUGGUGGUUGUGGAUAUUGUGGUUGGGGUAUCAGCAGGGAACUAACUGAAACCUUUUAUUUUCAGAUAAUAGCAAAUCGAUGAAUUUUGUAUUCAACAAUGGCCUCCUUCUACAAUCUAAAACUACUGCGGAUUCUACCUGGGGAACCUCUGAAGUUCCCAAGUUCACAAUAACAAGAGGGUUAACUUCAAAGCCUUACAGAGCUGGCAGUAUUAAUGUGCAGUCACUUGUGGGGGGAAUCAAGCUUCCAGGGGCUACUAAAAUGCAGACCAAUGCAUCCAAGGGCACCACCACCGAGUUCUUCAGCCAAGGUGUGAAGGAGAACAUGUUCUCUCUCAAUAUGGGCGCGGCACCAGAAUUACCUUGUGCUCUCUCUCUUCUGUCAAAUAAAUCUUCAUCCGAGCCUGAAUCUACUUCAAUUGGCCACCCCACACAUGUAAACCAGAUCAGCAUAACGGAGCAGGUGAUUCCUGAGAAUUUGCCACUUGGGUCCACUGAUCUCUGGCAGGCUGAGCAAUAUCUACUCAAUCCACGCAUUCAUGCUUUGGUUGCUAAUGGUUAUAGUGGUGGUAGCUUUCAGCUUUCCAAAGAUCCAUUUGACAAUUUCUAUUUCAAUGGGUUGAUGAACUGACACUGGGGAUACUAUUCAACGAACCCCUCAACGUCAGGAUUGGAUUUCAGUUUUUGGCUUUGCCAUCUCCAUUUAAGCAGGAGUUGUUAAACUGGGACCCUAACCAGAUGGUUCAUAAGUAGGGUACUGGAAGCACUCUGUCAUUCUAAAGUGGCAGAACACAUGUACAUGGAGUUCUGGACAUUGAACAUCCCAUCUUGGGAAAAAAACUUUUGAUUGAAAAUGUGCAGUAAAAUCUUUGAUAAGAAAAACUUAAAUCAACAACAGGAGUUUCGAAGAGUUGUAAUGUUUUCUUGUUUCUGCACUUUGACAUGAUGUUACCACACAGAUUUGAUGUGUGGUAUCUAAAAAUCUCAAGACAGUUAGAUUUAUCUAAAAUCGUUCUGAAUUGUGGAUGUAGGAUUUGGUUGAAUCUGGUUUUACCGUCUUUUUGUGUAGAUGUAUUGGCAUUAAGUAAUCA